CCAAAGAUAAGUUGAUUCUGUGUUUCAUGUGGUAAUUUUGCAUGUAUGAUGCCUGUAUUUCAUUACCCUGUGUUGCUUAGGGCUUGUCUAUUAUUCAUAGUCUCUGCCCUUUGCCAGGUUUUAUCAUUCCCCUAGUUUUGGGCUAGUUGCUUCCUUGUCACCUGUAAUCCCCUGCGCCUAUUGGGUUUUUCGUUUGGGGGUGCCCCCUCCUUUUUUCCCCAUCCUAUCCUUGCCUCAACCACCGCGUUUUUAUUCAAAUUUUCGCUCCGUUUUACUUGGGAGGCGCUCUGCGCCUCUCCUCCUUCCUCCCUACCUUCAUCCUCUGCGCCGAUUCCGCCCCGCUGGUUCCCGGCGCUCUAGGUUUCGGCGGCAGCUUGCGCUUGGUUUCCCGUGGCUCCGAGAUCUCGCGGGAUCUCGGCGGCCAUUUUGGGAACUCCCGCCCGUCCUCUCGCGGGAUUUCGGAGUUUUCUGCCGUGCACGUCUGUCGCUCGGCUCCGGUUCGGCUCCUGCUCUGCGGCGCUUGGGGUGACUAACCCCUCUUUAGGUACCCACCUCCUCGGUCUUAGUGACCCCUAAUAUAUCAGGCAUCUGCCAGUUAGAUUGUCUGCCACUUUAGUAGCUUUAAAUAAACUCCUAAUAUGUCUUCUGACCGCUCUCCUGCUGGGCCUAAUCCUCCCCCAUCUGCUGGGGAUCCCAGCUUACCAACUACUAGCGCACAGGCCCUGGAGCUACAACGCUCAGUGUCUAGUGCUAUUAUUGAGGCAAUGGGAUCCAUGUCUUCUAUGAUAUCCCAAACCAUCUCUCAGGCCCUAGCUGCCCAUGCCCCUGGCCCCUCUACUCAGUUGCCUGUACUCACUAACCCGCAGCCUACCAUUGAACCUCCUGCCCAGGAGACCUUGACUGGUGUGAUUCAAGCCACCCAUGAUAGCGCGCUUAGAUCGCGCAAAAGAGCCUUGCCGCGUCAGGCAGAACGGACGCGAAAGUGGAAAUGUGCUAGAGCACAAACUGAUGAUAUAGAUUCGGAUGUAGAAUCUGAUAUGGAGGCUUAUGCGGAGGCAAGCGGCCAAUCUGAAGGGGAGAUGGAAUCUGAAUUUCCAGAUGAUGCUGGCCCUAGGCCUUCCACCUCUGGGUCCGUGGGCGCCUCCGCCACUGCCCCUAACACGGUUUCUACCCUGGUGGACCCCUCAGGCAUCCCAUUAUUUGAUCCUGAUUCCCUCCACCACCCUAGGUCGGCGGAGUGGCUGCCAGUGGCUCAUGUGAGCGAUUACCUGGAACAUUGGGUGCGCCGUCCUCUUAGCAAAGAGGCGCGCAGCAAGCUCCGAGCUGAAUGCCCCAGACCAUUGAUCCCCAACAAGGUCUGUGAUACGCCAUCUGUGGAUCCAAAGAUGACCCAGUUCUUGGCUAAAACCGGCUGGAACCCCCGCAAGGGGUUAGAUUCCGCAAUUAGGAGUUGUCAGGAUAAACUCCUUGACAUCUUUGGCCCCCUCGCCAAAAUUUUUGAGAUGGCCGAAUCGGCCAGAGCGGACGGCUCUCCGAUAGAUCCGGAGGAGCUUACUGGCUGGAUACAGAGGGCCAUUUGUAUCGCGGGCAGCACAAACUCCUCCCUGGCCAUUGAACGGCGUAAAGCCAUUUUGUUUAAAAUUGACCCGAAAUUGGCCAACCUGGCACUCACUGAGUCAGGAAGGGAUGCUCAGGGUCUGCUGUUCGGGGAUUCCUUUAUUAAGGACCUCAGCAGAUACGUAGGGGCAUUUACCGCCCUGGACAAGGCCCAGUCCUCCAUGAGAAGGGUCUUUCAGGGAGGGGUCUCCACUAGGGCCGGCAGUAGUAGGGGCCGUCUGUCCGGCCGCUCCAGUUUCCAGGCGGCGCCAUGGUGCUUUACCAAGCUCCUGCGUCCGGUCGUUGCCUGGCUGCGGAGUCGGGGUGUACGUCUAGUCAUCUAUCUGGACGACAUCCUCAUUAUGCAUCAAUGUCAGGCGGCGCUGCUUCGGCACCUUCAAUGGACGUCGGACCUCCUUUCGGCUCUUGGUUUUCUACUGAACCCCGAGAAGUCCUGCCUCACGCCGUCUCGACGGAUGGAAUUCCUGGGCUUCACGGUGGACUCUGUUGCGGAAUCUGUCAGUCUCCCGUCAGAGAAAUUGCGGACGAUCCGCAAGGAAUUGAGACAUGCCCUUUCAGCGUCGUCCCUGUCCCUGCGUCACCUGGCUCGCAUUAUUGGCCUGUUGGCCUCCUCCAUCCAGGCGGUGUUUCCAGCCCCCCUCCAUUAUCGGGCCCUUCAGCGCCUGAAGAUUGCUCACCUUCGUUCCGGGGCCUCGUUCGCGGACAUGGUGGUUCUGGAUCAGGAGGCUCGGGAGGAACUUCGUUGGUGGUUAGACAACUUGGAAGCCUGGAACGGCAGAGCGAUCUUCGGAUUUCAACCGGAAUUCACGAUAGAGUCGGACGCGAGUCUCCUGGGCUGGGGUGCCCACUGCGAAGGUGUCUCCACCGGGGGUCGGUGGUCGGAGGCCGAGAGCCAUCUUCACAUCAACGCUCUGGAACUCCUGGCGGGCUCGUUUGCCAUCCGCAGUUUCUCCAAUGGCAUGGCGCAUGCCUGCAUCCGAUUACGUAUGGACAAUGUGUCGGCGGUCCGCUAUGUCAAUCACCUGGGCGGCACCCAGUCGGCUACCUUGGCGCGACUGGCGAAGGAGUUUUGGUCCUACUGUCUCUCCAGGGACAUCAUGGUGCAGGCGGAGUACCUUCCGGGUCUACACAACGUCCGGGCGGAUCGGAGUUCCCGCUGCUUCACGGACGGCAGCGACUGGAGGCUAGCGCCGGAGAUGUUCUCCACGAUCUCGGAUACCUGGGGCCCUUGCGCCGUGGACCUCUUCGCGUCACGGCUCAAUACUCACCUUCCCAGGUUCUUCAGCUGGCGCCCGGAUCCGGAGGCGGUGGAUGCGUUCCUUCAGGACUGGUCUUCGGCUCUGCAAUACGCGUUUCCUCCUUUCGCCAUGAUCCCGAGGAUGCUGCUGCAGGUUCGUCGUCAGGUUGCGGAGUUGGUGGUGGUGAUCCCCUUCUGGGGGACUCAAGCAUGGUACCCGGUUCUCCUGGAACUCCUGACGGACGUGCCUCUCCUCCUUCCGGGUCGGACGGAUCUCCUCCAGGGCCCUCUGGGUGCUCCUCACCCCCUGCUGCUCGACGGCUCCCUUCAGCUCCUGGCGUGCCGGAUCUCCGGACUCCCGGAGAGGUCGCAGGCAUUUCGGAGGCAACUAGACGCCUCCUGGACAACGCUUGGGCUCCCGGCACCCGAAAAUCUUACCGGGCAGCUUGGGGAGCUUGGGUUAGCUGGUGCGUGGAACGGAACCUUGAUUCCGUUUCGGCGCCUGUGACCCAUUUGCUGCAGUUCCUUACAUCCCUUUUUGAGGCGGGAAAGGCUUAUCGGACCAUUAAUUUGUUCCGUUCAGCGAUUUCUUCGACUCAUCAGGGUUUUGAUGGCGUUCCGGCGGGUCAACACCCUUCGGUGUCACGCCUGCUACGUGGAUCGCGCUUGGCUCGGCCUCCUCGGCCUCGCUUCACCACUACGUGGGACGUUUCCCUGGUCCUCUCUUUUCUCUCUGCGUGGCCUGAGAACGCGGCUCUUUCUCUCCGGCAACUGUCUGCCAAGUUGUUGACCCUCUUUUGUCUCAUUUCUUGUAAGAGGGUUUCCGAUGUCAGGGCUUUGGAUCAUGACGCUAGGUCCUUUUCUCCCGAGGGCGUCACGUUUAACAUUACGCGGCGCACUAAGACUAAUAUUCGGUCUGUCUCUUAUCCCUGUUUCCCGUCUUCCCCGGCGCUCUGUCCGGUAGCCUGUUUGCGGGAGUAUGAGUCGCGUACUAGGACUCACCGCUCUGCGGACGUUCCGCAACUGUUCCUCUCCAUCCGCCAUCCUUUUGGCCCGGUGUCUAGUCCCACGUUGGCGCGUUGGAUGAAGUGGGUCAUGUCCCUGUCUGGGAUUGAUACGGCGGUCUUUACCGCUCAUUCGGCCAGGGGCGCGGCUGCCACUGCCCUGGCCGUUUCGGGGGCUCGUUUGGAGGACAUUUUGCGCUUGGCUGACUGGUCUACGGCCGCAACGUUCAGAGAAUUUUAUUUUCGUCCGCCCCCUCAUGUGUUUUCGUCGAUUAUUGAUCAGCUUUGAACUUGCAAUAUGAGCCUCCGUGUCUUGAGGUAAAACUAAAUGAUUUUCCUAUUUCAUGACGUAAAGUCAUAGUUUUAUUAAAGACACGGAGGCGAGUAUUGCCCGCCCUGGGUUGUUCCUGCCCGCCCUUUUGUGGUUUUAAUUUGUUGGACUGUUUACAUUGUCGAUUCUGGUUAUUUAUUACGUAUACUUGCAUAGUUGUAUUGCUGACUGUUUAUGGUUCUGUUUUCAGCGACCUUAUAAUGUACGACCGUUUCCUGGGUCGGUUUUUGUUCAAUUUUUGCCUGCCUCUUACACUGGCUAUAUUAUUUGCUUUGUUUCAGGUUGAAGGUUCCACGAAGUAUGGACUUCUGCGUUGCUCCCGGUUUCCGGAGGUGUUAGCCAUGUUGGCUUGAGUUCUACGGCGUGAUGGACCGGUUGUUUAUCAUUCUCGGGUCCAGUUCCAGUUUCCGGUUUCGGUUCCAGUUCCGGUUAUGAAGUUGGUGUUUCGGUUCCAAAGAAAGAGGAAGUUACUAAGAGGACACUGCUUAUUAUAGGAUCUGAGAGGGGUGGAUCCUUUAUUGUUAUGAUUAUGUAAAUUUCUUCUUUGCUGCUAUUGGUGGAAAGUAAAGAAGGAGA